AUGUCAUUAGUUAGGUCUGCUGAUCUAGCUCCCACAUCGUACAAAAAUGCCAAGCUCUUCUCACUAAAGGGAACUGAUGUUAGACCAGGCUUGUCCUCCCAAAUUUUUGGUCCUGAUUCUUAUUCCAGCGAGAGUUAUGAGAAGUACUUCCAUGACUCACAAACAGAAGAAUUGAUAGAACCAUCUAGUUCCAGCAUCUCUGGAAGUUCAAUUCCCCCUGAUGUAGCCUAUUCUAACCAGCUCAGAGCCAGUUCAGAAGCUUCUAUGGUUGCCAAUAACCCAUUUGAUUGUUCUUUCAUGUCUGCAAUGCAUCAUGAUGGUUAUCAGUCCAACUUUGGAUCAGAUUUGAUGGAGAACGGAAGCCUCGAUUCCCGUGACAAUGAUGGUCUAAUGAGUUUAAAACUACAAGCAUUGGAGAGGGCAUUGCUUGAUGAUAGUGAGGCUGAGGAGGAGGAGCUGGAAGAGGAAGACAUAUUUGAGGCUGUUCAAAGCAUGGAAAUUGAUCCAGACAUUGCUGAGUGGUCUGAUUCCAUGCAGAAUAUGCUCCUCCAUGAUUCACCAAAGGAGUACUCUUCUUCAGAUUCCAGCAUUUGCAGCACCAAAGAAAUAUCACAGAUUUCUCAGACCCCCAAGCAGCUCCUUUACGAAUGUGCUAUUGCACUUUCAGAAGGAAACGAAGAGGAAGGAUCAUCCAUGAUAAACAAUCUCAGGCAGAUGGUCUCAAUUCAAGGAGAGCCUUCUCAAAGAAUUGCAGCCUAUAUGGUUGAGGGACUUGCUGCUCGCUUGGCUGAAUCCGGCAAAAGUAUUUACAAAGCUCUGAGAUGCAAGGAACCUCCAUCUUCAGACCGUCUAGCAGCCAUGCAGAUACUGUUUGAGGUUUGCCCAUGUUUCAAAUUUGGAUUUAUUGCCGCUAACAAUGCAAUUACAGAAGCAGUGAAAGAUGACAUGAAAAUUCAUAUCAUAGACUUUGACAUCAAUCAAGGAAGUCAGUAUAUUAAUCUAAUCCAAACACUUGCUUCAAGGUCAAGUAAGCCACCCCAUGUUAGAUUGACUGGGGUUGAUGAUCCUGAGUCUGUGCAGCGACCUAUUGGAGGCCUAAAGAACAUAGGACAAAGACUAGAAAAACUGGCAGAGGCACUAGGUUUGCCAUUUGAGUUCCGAGCAGUGGCAUCAAGGACUUCCAUUGUCACCCCAUCAAUGCUCAACUGUAGUCCUGGGGAAGCACUUGUGGUGAACUUUGCAUUCCAGCUUCAUCACAUGCCUGAUGAGAGUGUUUCAACAGUGAACGAACGGGACCAACUUCUUCGGUUGGUGAAGAGCUUGAAUCCAAAGCUUGUGACAGUCGUGGAGCAAGAUGUGAACACAAACACCACCCCCUUCUUGCCUAGAUUUGUGGAAGCCUACAAUUACUACUCUGCUGUGUUUGAGUCACUUGAUGUUACCCUUCCUAGAGAAAGCCAGGACAGGAUGAAUGUUGAAAGGCAAUGCUUAGCAAGGGACAUUGUCAAUGUUGUUGCUUGUGAGGGUGAGGAUAGGAUAGAACGGUAUGAAGUCGCAGGAAAAUGGAGAGCCAGGAUGACAAUGGCUGGCUUCACUUCAUCUCCAAUGAGCACAAAUGUGACUGAUGAAAUCCGAAAAAUCAUAAAGGUAAUGUAUUGUGACAGGUACAAAAUAAAGGAGGAAAUGGGUGCACUUCAUUUUGGUUGGGAGGACAAAAAUUUGAUCGUUGCUUCAGCAUGGAAGUUACCAAGAUAA